AUGUCAUUAGAAACGACUCAACCGUGUUUUGUUUAUUCAAAUAAAGGAAGAGGAAUACCAAUACCAUUACACGUCAUUCAUUAUGAUCCCCUGCUUAAUUCUUUGAAAAAUGUAACGCGUAUUUUAUGCACUCCUUGUGAUAGAGUUCCUGUAAGUUCUAUCUGGAUGUUUGAAUCUGGAAUGAGAAGAUUAUGUUUUGGUCAAGUGUGUGAACGCAAAGAACUAUUAAAUAUUAAUGUUAAUCAGCAAGUUCAUGAUACCAGCCAAGUGAAAUUUUCCAAGGAAAAAGAAAUUUCGGUAAUUGUUAUCGAAUUAUUCCAAACAGUACCGACGGAGCUUUACAUUACAUGUGUAUUUAAUACUUACAAUCGAGCAAUUCGAUAUUUCUCCAAUGACACAUUUAAAAAUAUUUUGUUAUUAUUGAAAAAAAGAUUUCAUGUUGAUGUGAAAUUUCUUUGUUAUCGAAAUUUGGAGAAUCAGAUAAUUUCAAUAGAAAAUGAAAAAGACUGGAAAGUUUUAUUAUGGAUUUUGGAAAAAAGAAAAGAAAAAGAUUUAAAACUUUAUUUAGCACGGAAUAUAUAA